CCCACUCCCCCCUCAAUCAAUUGAAUUUAAUUUAAUAUACUCCUUCUAAUUCCCCUUUUUCCACGGCAAAGUAGUAGCAGCAGCAGCAGCAGCAGCAGCAGUUGCAGUGGCAGUAGCAGUACUACCUACAACACUCUGCUUCCUCUCUCCACCCUUAUUCGCCAUUCCUCGUCCCAUUGCAUCAGGGUUUUGAGAUUUUUGAGACGGGAAAUGGAAGCGCCCGAGGAGGAGGAGGAGGAGGAGAAGAAGAAGAAGAAGAAGAAGAAGAUCCCCGUUGUGUAUUACUUGUGUCGGAAUCGACGCAUCGAGCACCCGCAUUUCAUUGAGGUGCCCCUCUCCUCCCCUGAAGGGUUGUAUCUCGGAGAUGUGAUUAAUCGCCUUAAUUUGGUGAGGGGAAAGGGAAUGCCCACCAUGUAUUCGUGGUCGUGCAAGAGGAGCUACAAGAACGGAUUCGUGUGGCACGAUCUCUCCCACGACGAUCUCGUCCUCCCCGCCAACGGAGAUGAGUAUGUUCUCAAAGGUUCUGAACUCUUAGAUCAACCCUCUUCAGAUCGGAUUCAUCCGAACAACGGGAACCCAAAACCGAAAAACCCAAAGCAACCCCCCCAGCAAGAAUCACCCAAAUUUUCUAGAUCCAAAGAAGCUCCUUUUGCUUCCUCCUCUCCUCCUACUGUUGUCGUUAGAGAAUCCAACCCUCCGCCUUCUCCUCAAGAAGAUGAAAAAGAGGACGAAGAAGAAGAAGAAGAAGAAGUGUCGUCUCAAGAGUACGUCUCUUCGGGUUCGGCGGAGUAUAGAGUAUACAGGCCAAUUGGUUCUUCGGACGCAGCAACUCAAACUGACGACGAAAAUAAAAAAAGUGAUCACCACGAUAAGGAGAACGAGAAUCUCACUACGGUUGUUUCUACUGACAAUGGCUCGACGACUCUUGAUUCUAUCAAUAAUCAUGCUCGACUUUCGAAUGGUAGCAGGUCAGAGACUUUAGAGUCUUUGCUUAGGGCGGAUGCUAGAAACAAGAACAUCUUUAGAAGACUCAAAGAGGAGGAAGUGCUAAUUCCCACCGGGCCGAAGAUGAAGCCUGGUAAUAUCUUAAUGCAGCUGAUCACUUGCGGGUCUUUCACCGUGAAGGAUCACGAAAGCUAUGGUAUCGUCUCAAAUUACCAGCCAAGUUUCUCGCACAUGAAGUUCCAAUCAUCGGUAUUUGCUCGCUCGAGUAUGCUUGGAGAGCUUGAUUGCCUUUCGAAAGAUCCAAGAUUAAUGGGAUUGAAAUUGGAAGAUAAGGAGUAUUUUAGUGGUAGCUUGAUUGAAACUAAGAAGCAUCGGGAGGAUAUAGGGGAAAGGAUGCCCGUUCUGAAACGAUCUUCCUCCUACAAUGCCGAAAGAAAGUGCAGGAAGUGCAAAUUGGAGUCCAGAAGGCACGGGGAAGAGAUUGAGGACACAUCAGUUGCAAGAUGCCUCCCUCGAGCUAUCAAACUUACACCUCCAAAGCAGCCCAAAAAUGAAAAAAUUACUUCUCCUAUUUCCGAUUGCCCGAGGUGCUCGUCUGUUGGGCCCGAGUGUGACCGCUCCUCAAUAGGAGAAAGCAGCAGAAGUAUCACUCAUGCUGCCUCAGUUCAUGGAUCAUCCAUGAGGUUAGAAUCCUUGAAAGAAGAAAAGGAGAAGCUUAUCAGGAUCGAGGAAAGGCUUACGUCGGGAGCCCGAGUUAUUAUCCGGUCAAGAAUUCCAUGCGAUGAUAGUGCAGACGGCUCUGACACCUGAUAAGCAUGAUCUUCUGAUGCUUAUAGUAUAUCCUUUCUUCGUCAAUCUCCUUGGAAGGUUUAGGUUAAAAGGAAGCAUUAUAUGAUUUGAAGAGUUGUUACAAAUCAAAUGUUGUUAUCUUUCUCGAACAUGCAUGUUAAGUUUGAUUGCUUUCUUGAAAACGGAAAACUACUAAUGUGGUCAACUUCUGGUUUGUUGCUUCCUUUGUUCUCUACAAAUUGGUCGGUGAAAGACGAAUCUUUCGUUAGCCAUAAGCAGGUUGUUUUGAUAAAACUCUUAAAUGUUUUUCUCAGAAAAAGAGAGAUAUUUUGUUA